GUUUCCCCGCUCUUGUGAAUAUUUGUGUUAUUUUCGACCUUGUAUCACCUGCUGUCCACUGCUUAAAGCACAGCUACGCAGAAGUGCAGGCCGGUGGACCUCGUGGGCGGGGUUUUCGGAGUGACAGCACAGGAUGAGCGAGCCAACCGUUGCCCCGUUGGACCCUGCAAAGCGCAAAACCAAAACAUUCAGCAAGCAAAUGUCAAAGACUUUCCAGAAAGGCAAGGAUGCCAUGAAGAGAGGUCUUCUCACCCCCCGUGGCGCCAGGGCUCAAGAGAAGAGUUCUGCAGAAGGGCCAGUGGGAAAGUCAGCUGUGGCUACUCCCAGCAUCCCGAAGGCACCAGUGCCUAGCACAGAUCCGGUGAGCAAAUUGAACGAUGCUCUUCCUGCCAGCGAUCCUGUGGAUACCGAGGUAGACUACGUGAAAGCCACAGUCAAGGCAAAGGAAGACAGCUCAACACCAGCAACUGUGGUAGUGGAGCCUGUCAAUGAUGCUGCUACGCCUGAGCUGACAGGCCCAGCCACUCCAGCACCCAUGCCAUCUGACAAGGCUGUGCCAGGAGACAAGGACUCCCUGGACUUGGUGCAGGCAGAGCCAGAGUUGGUCGCGGAGAAGGUACAGCCUGGUUUGGUGGAGGAGAAAGAUGCACCUGGAGAGGAGCUCGGUCUUGAGCCGCCCAAUGUCAGGGUGACCGUCAUGGGCGUGCCCACCGACGAUUCCAAGGCUUUUCUGGGGCUGGAGGCCAACAAGGCAGUGUCCUACAAAUCGGAGAAGAACAACCGUGGGGGAGGAAAGAAGGCUAUUCUUGGCGCCAUCUGCCUUGUCUCUGCGAGCGCGGUUGGCUUUGCAGUGAAAAGUGCCCUUGCCCGCUGACUUUGGGCGACUUUGGGCUGCUUCUUUGCUGCAGGAGGUGGACAAGCUUCAAAGUCCAGCUGCUUUUGUUGUGUAGGAAAUGCAUGUGAUCUCUAUGUUGCCGCAUUGUUCUUUCUUUUUGCUAUCCCAAAAUUUGCUGCGGAGAUUUUGGCCAAUAUUUAUCGCCGGGUGAUUUUCAAGUGGUGUCCUCUACAGAAGAGGAUGUUGAUUGAGUACAGCGGCUGUAGCAAGCGCAUCAUGCAGUAUCCGAGAUGCAAUCAGACGGUGCAAAGUUCUGGCUCCUUCCUAGAUGGUACUACCGUAGGUGACCUAGUAGAGCAUUGAGCAUCUCAGAUCCAGGCUGGGUCACACGGCAUUGCCAGUUCGUCCACCUUGGAUAAGUUUACAGUAGUACUCCCAGGUGGCUGCCAUCCAGUUGAGGGAUGUAGCAUUCCCCUUUUGCCUGUUAUUUUUGAAAAGGAACAUAUGUAACUUACUCUUGAAGAGUGUCCAAUUGAAUGUGGUUGUACAUUCAGCCUGAGUGCUCAGUGCCACUCAGUGAGUGACAA